UUCUGAAUUAAUUGUUUAUUUUGUUGGCUAAUUUUAAAUUUCAAAGGCUAAAAUAGUGUUAUAAGAAGCAAUAGCACUCAAUUAUUUAACAUUAUUUUAAAAGCUCCUGAUUUGUUGUGUGUCAUAAACAUGGAGGCUGAACAUACAGGAGGUAUUUUAGAAGGUAGUGAAGGCGUUGGUAUUGAUAUUAUAAAUGCUGAAGUUGUAAUUGUUCAACAAGAAAAUGUCAAUAUAAUGGACAUAACAGUGGAAACUCCACAAAAUGUGGAACAAGUAGAGUUGGUAGAAGAGAUGCCUGGCCCUUUGGCAAAGAAAAGGAAGAAAAACGAAAGAGCAUGGAAGAAAACUGUUGCAAAAGUUGCUAGACACCGCCCGAAGGGAUUUCCACAGAUGCCUAGUUGUAAACAUUCGGCCAAAAGUAAGUACCGCUGCGCAGAACUUUCCCUGCAGGAUGUUAGAAAGAUACAUCAGCAAUACUAUAAAGACGCUGACCUUCAAUCAAAGAAGAAUUUUAUUCUUCAGCACGUCAUUGUUUCCUCAGCAAAAAGGACUCGUCUUCCAGAAGGUAUCAAAUCAAAAAGAAAUGUAAGUACUGACUUUUUCUUACCUAAAAUGAGGAACAACAAAACUGAGAAUGUUAAAGUAUGUCGGGCAGCACUACUUACAAUUGUGCAAGAGAGAAAUCCAGAUCUUAUUGGACUGUCGCCGUUAUCGAUGAAGAAGAAGCUGCUAUGUGAGAGGCAUUUCCGACAAUGUGACAUUCUACCUAGUGGUCGACUCGUCCAUAAUGCUGUACCUAUACAGUAUUCUUCAGAGGAAAAAGAGCCAACUCCAGGUCCUUCACAUCAAACUUCUCCUUCUCCUCGUGUGAAACAUGACAGUGAUAACGAUCCUGACUUCAAUCCGAUCAACGAGGACUCAGGCGAUAGUUCCGAUGAAGGUGUAUUUCGAGUCGCUAAGACACUGCAAGACAGACAAAUGACAGACAUACGAUACGCCUCCUACUGA